AUAUUUACUAUUAAAAUAAAGAAGGUCAUGAAUGCAAAUCAAAAUUUCUAAAAGGCUAAAGUAAGAAUAUGCGGCUCCUUCUAGGUGUUGAUCAGUACAAAACAAGUCCAAAUGACUCCUUUACUGUUAAUGGUUGCUGACUCCUGGUCUAGGACUUUAUAAACUCAUUCAAAAAUUUAGGAUUAAAAAAUAUCCUGUUUCAGUUAUAGAUCCAAACAGGAAAAGCUACAUUUUCAUCAAUCAAGCAAUGUCAUGGAGUUCUGCUCAGCAGUACUGCAGGGAAAACUACAAGGACUUGGCGAUGAUCGAAAACCAGGAAGAAAACAUGGAGGCUCAGAAUGCUAUACCGUCCGGUUCUAUGGGCUGGAUUGGUCUGUAUCGAGAACCCUGGACCUGGUCUGAUGGGAGCCUGAGCUCCUUCAGAAACUGGUAUCCCUCUGGAUUAAACAACAUCAACGAAAGCCAACACUGUGUUACUGAGAAUCCCCAGCAUCAAUGGGCCGAUGAAUUCUGUGACGUCCCAUGGGUUUUUGUCUGCCAUCAAGUUCCAAAGACAGAAAGGAAAACCACUUUGAGGAUGAAAUUCAACACUGAUGCUGACAUGACCGACCCAAAAGUCAAAGCCCAGAUCCUGGAGCAGCUUCAAUCAUUGCUGAGCAGUGGUGGAAGGACAGACAUCAAACUGCAGUGGAAGAUUGAACCCAAGAAAUAGAACAGAGAACGCAACAUCUCUGUUUGAUUCACACAUUCAGUUAUUUUAU